UAUCCUCUUUUAACCUUAAUCGUCUUCCUAUACUGGUGCUUCUGCUACAGGGCAGAGAUAAUCAGAAAAGCCAGAGGAAUAAUUUUCCCUGAAGAGAAAAUCUGCAAAUGGCUAACUCAAUUACUACUAGCUGUGGACUACCUUCACUCUAAUCGCCUCCUUCACCGGGAUCUUAAGUGCUCAAACAUUUUCCUUACGAAAGACAACAAAAUCAGACUUGGUGACUUCGGACUUGCAAAACUGCUUAGUAAAGAUGAUCUUGCUUCAUCGGUUGUCGGAACUCCGAACUACAUGUGUCCAGAAAUACUAGCAGAUAUACCAUAUGGUUACAAAUCAGACAUAUGGUCCUUAGGUUGUUGUAUGUUCGAAAUAGCUGCCCAUGUACCUCCAUUUCGAGCUCCAAACUUGGCUGGACUCGUCAACAAAAUAAACAGAUCAACUCUUUCUCCUCUUCCAACAGCAUAUUCCUCAACUCUGAAGCAAGUGAUUAAAAGCAUGCUUAGACGAAGCCCUGAACAUAGGCCUACAGCUGCAGAACUUUUAAGGCAUCCGCAUUUGCAACCAUAUCUUGCUCAAUGUAGCGACUUAUCACCUGUCUUUCUUCCGGUGAAAUGUGAAAUCGAGACAAAAUGCAAAACAACAAGGGCUAAGUUUCUUGAAAAACCUACAUCAGAGAAAGACAGAAAGCCUAGAACGAAACGAAUGGUGAAAUGGUCAAAAGAUGUUUCAGACACAGAGAGAAAGGCAGAUUUGCUCACUUCCUUAGAAGUUCCAAAACACAAUAUGAAAAAUCAGGCGGCAGAUCCAACAAGUUGCUUAAAUCAAGUACCUAAAUUGGAUAUGAGAGCCGAAAAGAACUGUCUCCACAGACAUGAGAGUCUUGACUCGGGAUCCUCAUCAGGAUCAAGUACACUGACUGAUCAGCAAGAAGACAAAAAACAAAAAAAAUGUAGUCAGCAGUUACGCGUUGCUGGGGAAGCUGAUAUUGAUAGUAAGAAUCCAUGCGACAAAAGUAUACAAACAAAAGGAAUCCAAGAUAUUGCUUCGACUGGAAAGAUGUUAUCAAAAACUAUAGAGGUACUUGUACAUACAGAUGAAUUCCAAGGAAAUAUGUCGGCAAUAAGUACUCUAACAAAUGCUGCUCCGAGAGAAGAGAGGGCAGAAGCUAUGGAGACAUUACUUGAACUUUGUGCACAACUACUAAAACGAGAAAGGCUCGAGGAACUUGCUGGCGUGCUGAAACCAUUUGGGGAAGAAGAAGCAGUCUCAUCAAGAGAAACAGCAAUCUGGUUGACAAAAGGGUUGAUGAAUAUUCAAAGACAAGGUAGAGAAGUUUAGCAGCAUGAAAUUUUCAGAAUACAAUUGUUGCGGUGCUUGUAAAAACUCAUGAGAAUCAAAUUACCUGCAAAAUAUCUUGAAACUGAAAUCAACCUUCAUUGUUGUAUCAUAUGAUUGAUCAAAGAGAAAGAAGCAUAUAAAAUGAUCAAAGAACCAUGUUGGUGACUCAA